AUGCAUGUGAUUUUUCGUAUCUUCCUUACCCUAGCCGUAUGCAAAAUAAUUUCGUCGAAACUACAUCGAAUAGGACUACGAUACACUCCAUCCUUGAAAAUGAAGCUGUACCAGGAAGGAAAACUUGAGCAAUAUUUAGCACAGAAGGCCGCUCACAUAACGAAGAGUUCACAAUUGAACUCUGCCGGGACUCCCGUCAUCGACUUCGACGAUAUGGCCUACAUGGCUCAAAUCACCCUUGGGACACCUCCUCAGACGUUUGUGGUUUUCCUCGAUUCGGGAUCUUCGAAUCUUUGGGUACCGGAUGUAAGCUGUGCUGAAGGAGAAUCAAAUACUUGUGGUACAUACUGCAAGCAGACAACCCAUGACACCUGUCUCACGUUUUGUCAACCAAAAUGUUGCACAAAUUCAGGAAAUGUCCUAGAUACGAAGAACGCCUGCACAUCAAAGCACACCUUCAAUCAGAGUUUAUCCAGCACAUACGUUAAGCAAUCAGGUUCAUUCAAAAUUUCCUAUCAAACGGGCGAUGUCAGCGGAUUCUUUGGAGAGGACACUUUCUGCCUCUCCAAUACUACAUUAUGUGCCACCGAACAGAUAUUUGGUCAAGUGACUACCAUGGGUGAAGGAUUCAAUAAACAAGCCGAGGACGGGAUGAUUGGUCUUGGAUGGCCCGCUCUCGCACUGAAUUCGAUCACACCUCCAAUGUUUAAUCUACUUAAUCAAGGCGAAUUAGACCAGCCAUACUUCGUUAUUUACAUGCGGCAUGUCGGCGCACAUGCCGAUAUUGAUGGGGGUCAGUUGACUGUGGGUGGUCUUGACACUGAACACUGUUCAUCUGCAUUCGACAAAAUCCCAUUGACUUCAAGAACAUACUGGCAGUUUAAGUUGUCGAGGGUGAGUGUGGGAUCAUAUUCGGCUGCACCCAGCUCAGGAUGGCAAGCAAUUUCCAACACAGCGUCCACGUUCAUUGGCGGCCCACAAGCCAUAGUGGAUAGUAUUGCAAAAGAAGCUAAUGCGAAAUGGAGGGAAUCGCUAGGAUCAUACUUUAUCGAAUGUGGUGGCAAUGAUCCUGAUAUCGUCUUCGAAAUCAACGGAAAUAAUUACACUGUGACCCAAAAGAACUACAAAAUUUCGACCGGAGUAGGAUUAUGCAUGUUCGCCUUCUUUCCUUCUACUGCCGGCGGUUUCUCUCCGUCUUGGAUGCUCGGACCACCAUUGAUCAGGGAGUACUGUCAAGUUCAUGACAUGCAAGGUGGUAGCAUAGGAAUGGCGAAAGUUAUUGCAUGA